GGGAAGCCGGGGCAGAUCGGGCGGGGGAUCUUUGUCAUAUCGUCGCAGCGCCUCCACGUGCUUAUCUCAGAUCCCUGUGCACGACGAGCUGACGCGUCCCCUGCCUACCACCUUAUAAAGACCUCCUCGCCCGCCUCCUGCCUCCCCCAUCUACCGCCCCCCAUCUCUCCCGCUCACCGACGCCCGAGCACCGUAAGUGUUUCCCGCUCGCCCCCCCACCAGCUCCGAGCAUUGCGGCUGACAGCUUCUCUUCCGUCCAGUGAUCCGUCGCUCUACACCCUCCGCCGCUUUACGUACGACUACAGCGACCAUGCCCGCCAAGAAGCGCUGCCAACUUCAGUCUGAGCCCCGCUGCAACUCUGCCGUCCUCCGCCUCGUCGGCCAGUGCCCACAUUGUCGAGCAGAGUUCUGUGGUGCGCAUCGUAUGCCAGAGCACCACAGUUGCCAGAACCUGGAGAGCUGUCGACAGCAGGCCUUCGAGAAGAACAAGGCGAAGCUGGAGAGUGAACGGACGGUAGCGUCCAAGAUGGCGAUGGCAUGACCUGCCUGCCCGCCUACAUCCUCCCUCCAUCCACUGCCUCUUCUCUACCGGCCCCUGCUCCUCCUUGCUCUCUCCUUCACACACCACCGUCACCUCCCGCAGGCCAGGUCAUAUCCAUCGCCAUUUGCAUUUCUCUCCCAUACAUGGAUCGCGCUUACCAUCUCACGGACGCAUCGCAUAUAUUAAUGUACACAUCUACUUCAUGUCCAUGGGUAUUCCUGGUGACACAUGUUCUUUACACGUCGGUGGUCUAUUUAAUGGGAUGUCUCCUCGCUGCAUAGAGCGGUUCUAUCUGGA